AUGCAAAUAGAUGGCGAUGCUGGCUUCUCACCUACCAACGCAAUAUAUCAAGACGACUUCUCAACGACAUGCAGCCUUACCAGUCGCCCGCGGAAGCUACAGGAUAUGGCCAACUGGGAUCCCGUAUUCCCAGGCGAACGAGUAUCAUGGUACGACGAGUACGUGCAAAGACAUGGUCCUACAUGUGUUAACUGGCUGCAAACUCCGCGCUUGUAUGACGGUGGGGUCGAGGCAACCAUCGAAGCACGGGGCAUGGCAUUAUACAGUCCCCACGAUGGAAGCGAUGGUGUCGGCACCAUGUUGGCAGUUUCGCCCUUGGACGACGGGUCGGUUUGCUUAUGGGAUAUCAACGGAACUCGGGGUCGACAGGGUGGCAUUCUUGCCGCCAGCAACCCGGGCAUACUCUUCAAUGACGGUCCGGGUGAUCAGAACAGCAAACGGUCCAAGAAGAUAGACACUGGCGUUACGGAGUGUGUCAGCGUGGAUAAUCAUGGCCACAGAGCCUUCUUUGCCGUCCAAAGUCAUCUCAUCGAGGUGGAUUUGAACCGUUUAGAGGUAGUAAGCCGCGAAUCGUUCGAGUGGUCAAUCACAACGCUAUCAGCCCUCCAUCAAGGGGUACCCUUAACUGUAGGGACUUCUCUGGGUGUUCACCUUCAUGACUUUCGUAUGAGAGCAAUGGCAUCUCGAGAUAUCGUUGAGCGACUCGACGUAAUCCAGUGGGACGAAUCUAACGUUUUCAAAAUGAUUUUCGACACUAAGCCACUUCCUCCAUACGCAUCGUUGUCCCAGCCUACUCCCAUCAGCAUCUUGCACCUUCCCCGGCCUGGCUCGCAUAAUCUAGUAUCAGACGACAUUUAUGUUGCCGGCCGAUUUUCCAACAUACUGCACUACGAUCGUCGAAAAUUUCCGGCUAUAGAAGGAUCCAUCUAUUCUGGCGCAUUAAUAAAGAGCUUGGCAGCCCUGCCGUAUCCAUUCUCCGCCGUCGACACGGAAGUGCGUCGCCAGGGUGAUCUGACAACUGAACAGGUAGCCCAGUUGAAAUCUGAGGGCGAAGGCAGGACCUUAAUCGCCGUCGGCGGCUACAAUUCCAAGGGAUCACUUGAGAUUUACGGCCUCAGUUCGGCAGCGGGCGGCGGCGAGAGGUCCAUUUUGCAGAAUUCUGUUACAAAAAAUCGACAGACUGUUGCGUCGUCCACCAUCCUAUCCGUGGCGAACCACGGCUCAAAGAUUGUCUUUUCAGAUGGAUCAGGAUUCAUCAAGUGGUUUGAGCGAGACGGGUCUACUGAGUGUCGACGAAUGAGAAUUGGCCAUAGUGAUGCGGAAGAAGCGUCCUCUUUGUUUGCUUCCAUGGCUGGUUCAGACGACAUGGCCCGCAAGAUUGUAUCAACAAAAUCCAACCAAGGCAACGACCGGCCCAACAACGACAAUAUUUUGUUGUGGACUGGAGAAAAACUAGGUCUUGUGAGCUUCACAAAGUCCCCUAUAUUCGACGGAAAGGAUUUCGAGCUUCAGGGCCCCGAGACAAGUGUAGAAAACGAAAGGAGAAAAGAGUAUACGCAUAGAAUGCGGCGCGCUCUGGAACGACAGGCAGACGAGGUCAAGUUCAUCGGACGCCUGGGUGAUCCGGCAUCUUGGACACGGUAA